AUUAAAAAUCAUUGCAUAAAAAUUGUUGUCAAUUAUUAUUAUUAUCUAAAAAAAUGUUAAUCAAUUAAUUAAUUCAAUGGUAAAUAAAUAAAUAGUGAUAAUUAUUUACUGAAUAAAAACAAACACACAAAAUGGUACGGAAGACCAAAAGUAUCACCAAAACUGAUCCAAUGAUUAUCAUUGAAGUCGAGGAUCUGUUCGAUGAACUGACGGCUGAAAACAACAGACUCGUCAAUGAGUUGUUGUUUGCAAACAAUUGUUUGAAUUUAUUGAWUGAAUUGAAAAGUUAUUUACAGAUAAUUCACGCGAAAUACAAGACAAUGAUUGCUGAAGAAGACGUCAAACAGUGGCAGAGAUUACAAGAAUCAGUGGACACGACUGUUGAAGAAUACAAUCAAAGCAAAACAAGACUGAAAGCAAUAGAAAAUACUGUUAAUCGCGAGUCAAAUGAUGACAAACUAUACAAGUCUUCAGCUGACAYCACAAGUAAUUGUUUGUCGUCGUCGACAACAACAGUGAAAUCAAUAUCCAAGAAGAGGUCUCAUACGAUCAAUAAAUCUAAACUCAACGACAAUAGUCGGCCAUACGUUUGCCGACACACGGAUUGCGGCAAACGUUUCAAACUGAAGAGUCAUCUGUCGUUACACACGUCGACAGUACACAACACAAACGUSAGGACACACACGUGUCACGUGUGCCACAAGUCGUUCAAAGCCCGUAAACUUCUUGCCGAUCAUCUGAUGAUACACGACGUCAAUCGUAUGAAAUACCAGUGCCCCGAAUGCGGCAAAUUGUUGUCGACAAUGAAAUAUCUGCGAAUACAUCAACGAUCAGUUCAUUCGCUAGACAUUACCGACCAGACUAACGAUGACCACUUACCCGAUGCAGUCAAACCUGAUCACGAAUUGGCCCGUAUGUGUCAAAACAAUUACGACCAGAAAACCCAACAGUACUACUGUCCCGAUCGGGGCUGUCGUAAACCCUAUGCACAGUUGUGGCGUCUGUACAAUCAUUUUAAGUCAACACAUCCCGAACUGCAGUCAACAAUAUCAGUUGAUGACUGCAAUCUGCAGACGACGACRACGACAACUAUUGUCGACGACACCAAUAAUUCGAGCGGUGAUCGAAAAUCAGAUGAAAUACUUCUAUUGUUGUUAAAACAAAACAAUUUCGACGAACAACAGCAACGCUAUUUGUGUCCAUUUCCCGGCUGUGAUCGCAAGUAUGUAGAAAAUCGUGGCCUACAGUUGCACUUUGAGGUCUCUCACUAUAAACCCGAAUGCAAACCGUUUGUCUGUCGACAGUGCGGAAUGGGAUUCAAACGAAACUGUAUGCUUAAGGAACACAUGAAGACACACGAACUGAAUCGUCAGAAGACAUUCCAAUGUCCUGAAUGUGAUAAAUCGUUUUACAAAGGAUUUGAUCUGAAACGACACGAACGUACCAAACAUUCCAAUGGAGCGGCAUUUAAGUGCGGUAUCGAUGACUGUCAGGAAAUGUUUGCCACUGUUCAUCAGCGAAGACUACAUCGUCAGUCAGUGCACAACAAAAAGUAUGCGUUAAACUAUAAACCCGAUAAACAUUUGUGUCAGUGGCCUGGCUGUGACUACCGGUGCGGUAGUACUACUCAGCUGAACAAUCAUACCCGAAUACAUACGGGUGAACGACCGUAUGUUUGUCAAUGGCCACAGUGUGACAAACGAUUUCGGCUGAAGAUUGGCUACGAUAGGCAUCAGAUAUGUCAUGAAAAUUUGAAACCCUAUGCCUGUCAAUGGCCCGGUUGUGACUAUAGGGGCAAUACUGCCAUCAACUGUCACGUUCAUCAAAAGAUACAUCAAAGACAACAACAACAACAAGUGAUUAGUUAAUAAUUAAAAUUUAUGUUUUUUUAAUUGAUGUAUACAUACAUACCCAGUACAAUUAAUUUAUUAAUUAAAAA